AUGUCAGCUUCCAGUAGCAGUAGCAGCGACUAUUCCUCCAGUUCUUCUGAUGAGGGUCCCAAAGCCUCCGUAGCCAAAUCAAAAGCCAAGGCUCGUAAGCGCGAAAAGAAUCGAAUCCGGCGGAAAAUACAAAGAGCAGAGGAGAAACGUCAAUUCUUGGACGGGGUGCAUUCUGACUCUGAUGCUGAUGCUUCUGAAGAAGAAACUACAUGGGGUUUACCAGAGCUCUAUAUUAAGCCUGAUCAAUAUGAAAGAGAGUUCCAGAAAACCAUGAAGCAAAUUAAAGCUGAGGCUGAAGCAGAAGAAGAUUCAGACUCAGAUGAUGAUGAUAUUUGUAUCCGUCCGCCGGAUUUCAUCGAUGAUUCUGUCAGUGACUCUGAAGAGGAGGAUUCCGAGAAAGAUAGUGAUGAAGAAUCCGAUAAUUCGGAUGAGUCUGACGAGUAG